CAACGUGUCUGGAAUUCAGUGAGUGUCAUUUUUCAAAUUGAUCUGUAAACCAAACCCGUCAACAUGAUGUGAACAGAACUCCGCAUCCGCUUCUAGGGAAGAAGGCUGCAGCAGCCACUCCGCUCUCCCACCGAGCGGUUGGGAAGUGCCGCAGGAGCUUCCUGCGGAGGCCGAGCCCACUGGCAGUCUUGAUGAAGGCAGUUGGUGGCAGAUGGGCUUCGAGAUGUCGACGGGAUUAGGACGAUCGUGUUCUUCUUGCGGCGCAUCUUCUCAACAACGUAAACCCAAUUUCUUCACUACGAGAAAUCACAGCGGCUCAGUAGGUCGUGCUCCUUCACGACUGGCCGCGAAAAGUAGUACAAGUAGAAGAUCAUGGAGGUGGCCUAUUUCUCGGUCAAGCGCCGCGCGUCUGUCACCUGGCCAGCAACAGGACGAAAAUGGGUAAAGGCCUUCGUCGGUCGUGUGAUCAUCGAAAGUCUCCUCCUAGCACCACAUCACGCACACUCAGCCGCGAUUGUGCGACGUCAACAUCAGGAGGAAUUUCGGAGUAGUUUCGGGAAUGAGGAGGCCGAAGCGGAGUCAGAAGCUGAGGCUUGGAUUAAUGGUAAAGAAAGGUUGGACGCGUUUUAUUGAAUCAUUUUCAACAUCAUGAUCUUCAUCUUGUCUUUCUCGGCACUUUGAGAACUUGGACGACAGAACAAACUCCGCUUUUUUGUUGUGUAGUCACUGUGGUGCUAGUGCACUAGCAAUAUCAAAUUCAAAAACCACCCACUUCCCCGCCCCUCGCAGCUCCCAACAUCCAGUCGCGGCAACUGUCGAAGCCGUUUUUGAAGCCCCGUAGUUGCUACGAGGUCACGACAAAAUCCACAGCAGACCCGAAUGAACGCGCCCCUGCCCUGCAAUUCCCCGCCGCCCAGGGCUUCCCCGGCGGACUGACCAUCGUCGGCACCGAACUAGUGAUUCCGACGGACCGCGGCGCCAUCUGGUUUGUCCAGCUGCCUAUGCAUUGCAAAAGUAUCGUAGUACUCGUAGUAAUUGCAAUCAUGCAUUACACAUUUUUUUCUGAAGCUAAAUCCGCAUUAUACAAAUUUUAUUUCUCAUGCUGAGGAAAUUUGUAAUGCAUUUAUACGUGUACGAGUGCGAUAGUACUUUUGCAAUGCAUACUGCCGCCGCCGAAACAAAUCGUGCCGCCGAAAAACGCGACUGCGGAAGAAGAGGCGGAGAAACUGAAAUUAGCUGGGUUGCUGAAGGCGAAGUUUCCCAGGACGGAUGAGUUUUUUUUGUUUGGAACCAACGAGACAGUGAACACAACGAGUUAUGCAUUGCAAAAGAUGAAAUAGUAUCGUACUCGUACUAAUUGCAGACAUGCAUGACAAAUCGCCUUCCUUAGCUAAAACAGCAUUACAAAUUUGUUCAUCUGUCAACAUGCAGCUAAGGAAACUUGUAAUGCAAUUUAUACUUCUAGUAGUGCGAUGCUUUUGCACUUCAUACGAGCUCUACGACCACAACUACUACCACAACAAUCGCAACCACGUCAACGGCGGAGACGACCGCGUGUCCGGCGGACGGGUCUAUCCCCUGGUGUGUGCGGUCCGAUUUGACCUUUUUCGACAGUGGCACGGUUUUCACCGGCGCCGCAGCGGACCACGGAAGCUGGAGCGAGUGGGACUUUUCGCAAAUCACGAAGACGGUGACCAGCACGGCGGUUCCGCUGCUGUUCACGGGGUUGUCGUACGACCAGACAGAAUAUCAAAUGCAAAAAUGUCUGGGUGAAGGUUGGAAGACUUGUCAUGCAGGUUUUCCUUGACGCGUGAGGUCUGUCAUACGUGACCCACCAUGACAGAUUUUGUCCGACCUCUAUCAUGCCUCGUCUGCAUGAGAAAUCCCGGCCCCUCUCAGUUUGGUCAAAAGUGGACAGCUUUUCUUGGUAAUCUUGCAACACAGAUUUUUGCACUAUCCAGAAUCAGCAUGGCAAGUUGCAACCUUCUAGACCCAGACAUAUUUGCAUUUAAUACAGAAGCCUUAGCCACCGCGAACGCCAACGCGAACAAACUUGUCUUUCCGGGGAACAUAGGCAUCGCAAAAGUAUAUCUACUAGUAUAAAUCGCAUGACAAGGCUCUUCAAGAAGAGUGGAAAUUUGGCAUGCGGAUUUAGGUAUAGAAAGAAGAUCUGUCAUGCACGACUCCGAUUAGUACGAGUACGAAACUUUUGCACAGCAUAGAACAGCAAACCGCAGCGGCGGCUGACGUUGACGCCCUACGGGUUGCGGUAUGAGGGUGCACAACUCCCCCUCCCCCUCAUUUGUAUAGCAUGAACGGCAAUACAAGCAACGCCAGAAAUGUGGUUUUCGCAUGGCAAAUCUGCACGCGGAUUGUAGUGCUGUUCGAGGCUCCCAAAUUUGUCAUGCGGAGUGUGCUUAGAGACAACGUGUGGAUUUGAUAUUUUGCAUUACAAAUGAGGGGAGGGGGACUUGUGCACUGCCAUAUGCGGGCGAUGGUUUUGGAACAGGAGUACAUUUACGACCCCGGGAACGUGUAUGAAAUGCAAAACCACCGUACUAGUUUAAAUUGCAUUACAAAUUAGCUCAGCAUUACAAAUGAAAUUUGUAAUGCUGUUUUACCUUCGGGACGAGAUUUGUCAUGCAUAACAGCGAUUCCUGCGAGUACGAUACUUUUGCAGUGCAUAACGUGACGCAGCUGCCGGCAGGGUCCUCGGGGAAUGAGUUUCAAACCCUGGUGGGGAAGGUAUAGGAUAAAUGAUAAAUCGCCUUUGUCAUGCGGAACAGAGAAUACAACUGGUGCACAUGAACCUGAGCGAUAACAUGAAUGUUGAAGCCAACUGUGUUUGUUAGAAAGGUUCAUUAUACUUCAUCAGGUCCGCGUCGAGGCCGACACGCCGGGUCUCACGCCCAGCGACCUCGACCUUCCUGGCGAAUACGUGAAUAACACUGAUCAAGUGUGGCUGUCCGUGAAGGACGGCGCGAAGCUGGUCUGCUACGACGUGAAGCAAAAGAAGGUGGACAAUUUCGCAACGCUGAACACAGGCAGAGGGUACGACGACUACACCCUCGACGCGCUCACUUUCGGCCAAGUGCUCCACGUGUACGCCGGGACUGCGCCGAAAACCGCGGAUGUUUUGCCUGUUGUGCGCGAAUACGAUGUGAAGGGCAAGUCGAACCAGGGGCCCAGCUACACGCAGCAAUUACUAGGUUAUUUGGCAAACAACACGGCGAACUUACCCGCGGUGACGACAACCGCGGCGCCGCCCUUCAUGGUUUUGGAACAAUUGGACUCGGAAUCUGAAGUGAUGAUGAAACAGGUGAAUUCUAACGCAACAGCAGGAGCAAAUAACGCAUCUUCGACGGGGGCAUCAAAUGGUACUACUGCAGUCUCCGCGGGGGCAGCUGCCCUUGCUGCUGCAAGUGCAACCACCGCCGCGCCUCUCGCCGCCGUUACAUCUCCCCCCGACCCAGCUGCGACGCCAGAGCCCCCGCCCACGAUUGACAUUCCGUUUACCAAAAGACAGUUUUUGACCACCUACGAGAAGUCGGACCCGUUGACCUCCGGGUCCCCCAUUCGCGAGUGGACGACACCGACAAGCGAGUUUUGGGGCGACGCUUACGCUGACAACGGUAAGGCGGAGGACCAGAAGCAGCUUCAAUUCGAGGGGAAGUACGAGCCGGGACAGGAGCCGUGGCGCAGACAGGGAUUGAUCGAGGGAAACGAGCGGGCGAAUUACACUCUGCCAGAAUUCACCGCGUACAAUCCGGGCAACGACAUCGAGAACUCCACGGAAGGACUGCCCGAGCCGUUUCGCUCGGUUUUGUACCCCUUAGCGAAAAUCACGGGGAAGGCGGUGGACAUUACGGGAAAGGAAGUCAACGCGGGAUGGAAAUUGUCCAAACCGUACGUGGAAAAGGGAAUGGAAUACACGGCCGAGUACACUGACUUCGCAAAAGACGAGGCAAUCAAAUACGGCAGUAUCGCGGCCGACAAAACGGCCACUGGCGCUGGUAUCGCGGCGGAGAAAACGGUAGAAGUCGCGGGACAGGCGUACGAUGCCGCGGGACAGGCGUACGAUGCCGUUUUGGGUAAAGCCAGUGAUGUUGGCUCCUCCGGUAAGAUCAAAAUCCCGUUGACGGCGCGGAAAAGGAGGACGGUAAGUGAAAGUGAGCUGGGUUCUGCUCGAAGUGGAGCUGGACAAGAAAGUGCCGGCCAGUCAGUGGCCGAUGCGGUCGCGGAGUCACAAAUAGAGCUGCAGAGCUUAGUGGAAAAGAAACAAGCACAGAAUCCGGCAAGUAGUACAGCUACGGGAUCUUCAACAUCUGGCCCCGCCCGCCGAAUCUCCGCAAUGGCGUACAAUGACGGGUACCUGUUUGUUCACAUGUCGCCCGACGGGAGUGGCAAAUAUGCAUUGCAACAGUAUCGUACGAAGUAUGAAUCGCAUUACAAAGUUUUUCAGAAGGAGAAAUGGAAUUUGUAAUGCUAGUUUGGCUAAGAAACAAAAUUUGUCAUGCAUGAUUGCAAUCACAGUACGAGUGCGAUACUUUUGCAAUGCAUAGCAAAAAAGCGGCGUCGAUUUACGUAUACGAGGCGGAGGAAACGAAGGAGAAAAACGACAUCUACAAAACCCUGCAGACCUUUGUAAACGACACGGAGACCAAUUUUUUGCUGGUAUGCAAUACAAAUUUCCCGUACAUGGACAAGUUGCAUCACAAAUUUCACCAUUUUGGAGUGUAACACUUGUCAUGCUAAACUAGGACCGGAGCCAAGUUUUGUCAUGCAGAGACCGCAUUUGUACGUGUACGGGAAAUUUACUGUGGAUAGCUGGAGGACAAAUUCAACACCAGUUACCGGGUGCCGGCACAGGGCAUCCGCUUCGCCAUGACCACGAGCUUCUUGCAGACCGCGGCAGCUACGACUAGUGGCAGGACGUCGCGUAAAGUAACAACAAGAAGAGCAACAGUAGAAAGGAAGAAGAGGCAAAGAACUUCAUCCUCUUCAUCCUCCAAGAAACUCCUCUCAUCUGCAAUCGCCUUGGCGCAGAAGACGAGUAAAUCACUUGCACACGGCCGCGAAGGUACGACUAGACGCGCAACCAAAGUACUGCAACUAGAGGCACGGCAGGGCCGUCAGAUGAGUAGAACUACGGAAACCACUACCACUAGAUCCCAAGCUCUCGAAACCAACCAAAACAAGAAGCUCGCUCUCCCCGCUAUUCCCUCCUGGGCAAAGAAGCUGACGCGGCAACAGCGGUAUCAAAUGCAAAUAUGUCUGGGUCUGGAAACUUGUGAUGCUAAAAAUGAAUGAUAGACGCACUGCAAUACGUAGUUAUGCAUGACAAAUUUUUUGGCUGCAAUGUCUUACGUAUUUCGCAUGGCAAACUGCGUUUUUUCAUGACAGGUAAGAGGGCUUUUUCGUGCCUAUGCAACACACAUUCCCAAGUCAUGCCAGACAAGCAUGACAAACUUGCAUUCUUCCAGACCCAGACAUUUUGACAUUUGAUAAGAGGUUGGGCCUCGGCAUCGGGCUCGAUCCGAUUGCGGUUUUUCCGGUGCCGAUAGAGGGGAUUGUGGGACUCGUCGCGACGCGGCGGACGCUCAAGGACUUCACGCUGUUCGCGGUGAGUGACCGGGAAAGGAGCCUUUACGCGUAUUGAAAACAAAACGCAUGAAAUAUUCUUGGUUGAUCUUCUUAUGGUUCUUGUGAUUCUUGUGCAUGAAGAAAAAACAUGAAUUUCGAAUUUGUGCCGCUUUCACGUGGUUCUCCGCAAAUUCAGUUCAAAAUUUAGACCAGAAAAUCGGUCGAAGUACAUACUUUUUCGCGCACCCGCUGGCAUGGCGGGCCGAUUUCGUUUCAAUUCGAGGGCGGCGGGAUGCCCUCGCAACACACCCGGCCCGAGGACCUCGCUGCGCCAUGCAGCGGCUCGGGCGUUGUGGCUUGUCAAAGAGAGCCGGGGCGGCCUCCCGGCCUCGAAGCCCGCCCAGAGCGAGAAGCGCCGCCCCGCCAAGCGGCUUUCCCACGGGCCUGGCAAUGUCGGGGCGGUGCGCCGCCGCCAUGUUUUUUGCCGGACGCGCAUGGGCCUGAUUGCCGUAAAGGAGGGGCCGGCCUCCGAAGCAGUAGGGCGCGCGCCCCUUGGGCUGGCCCGGCUUCGGCCCAAGCCAACGCCCCCCAAGUUGGGGGCAAUGAGGGGGGGCCCGGAAGGCGCGCGCGCCCCCCCCUUCGGGGGGGGGGGUAAAAAGGGGGCCGAAUUGGCGUAAUUCUGCUUCCUUUUUAGGGGGGGGCAAAAAAUGGCCUUCCCCCGAUGCUACAGGGGGGGGGCAAAAUGGCCCAGAACCGGGCACAUUUUACCCCCCCCCCAAAAGGGGUAGCGAAUUGGGCGAAUUCGGCCCCCCCCCUUUUCCCCCCCCCGGAAGGGGGGGGGCGUGCGCGCCUUUCAAAGGGCAUGCAGUCCACCCGCCGGCCGGGGCCCCGGAUGGGGGAAGGCGCGCCCGGACGCAGCCAGAGCAAAAGCCUUUCCGGCCCCGGGCGGGCUUCGAGUUGGGGCCCCGGGAUGCACGCCGAGUCGGCUGUGCAUCCCCGCCGUGAGCCUCGCGCGGAUCGGGUGGCGAAGUGUUGGCUGCGUGCCGUCGCCUUCCUAUCCAUGUCAGGCCGACCCUUCCCGGCCCCGGCCGCCCCGCCGCAACGCCGGAGGCCAAUUUUUCCGGGGUAAAGCAGCCCGGAACGCGGUCGCGUCUUCGCACCCCCCAACUUCUCUCCGCCAGUGACCCCCAUUGCACGGGGAUGCGCAAAAAAACAUGUACUUCGACCGAUUUUCUGGUCUAAAAAAUUAGCCCCGCCGAGUAAAAAUCCUAAUCUUCAUCUAUCAGGUUUGACGUGAAUCUGGAUAAGGCACAGGAAGUGAACUGUCCAGACGUGCCGUGGUACAAGCCGGACCCGGUGACGACUCCGGCGCCGACCUGAGGUGAACAGCAGUAGCACGCCAGUUACAGUCAAUUGAAGCUCCUCCUACUGCUGCUCCACGUCCACCAGGAAUUACGUACUUAGUGUGGCUCGCUGCUGGCGACAUUACGUGGGCUGCAAGAUGAACGACGAGAAAUGGGGAGGCUUUGGAGAUGGUGGAAAAAGCAAUGCGUGACUAAAAGACCCUGCGACCUUUUCCACGAGAGCAAAGAAAAAGAUAAACCUCGUCCAGACACACUAAUCAUUCCGAGAAUACAGAGUGGCUGAGUAAACGUUCCAUGUAGGAUUUUGGCUUUCUCAUCCUUAUUCUGUUUCUGAACCAAAACCGCAAGUAGAAGUACGUGUACGAAUCAGCUGAUGCUGGACAUCAACCAGGCGUCACAGUGCACAAUUAUUGAUAAAGGUUUUUUCGUACAAAUUGACAAUGAAAAUUCUCCACGCUAUUUUUUGCAGUCUAAUUUGUUGAUGGAGAUGGAGGGCCUCAGUACCUGCCGCAGAUUUCUUCGUAGAGACGACGUCUCUGCGCCGAUGUUCAAAGGCUUUGAACUGUAACUCUCCACCAUGAAGUAAAGAUCAUUCGAAGAC